CAGUGCAGGACAGUUCUCGAGAAGUCGACACAACUCCGUCAACUAAACGUUUGUUUUCUUCCUGUUUUAACUGAACACAAACGCAGCCAAGAUGGGGAAAGGUUAUAAUAAUUAUAUGAGCAAAAAGUUCUUUCAUCCAGCAACAUUUGAAAACAUAAAAAGGGUAUGGAUGGCCCAACAAAAGAUUGACCAUGCAAAAGCCAAGGAAGAGGAAAGACUGGCGCAGUAUCAAAGGGAACAGGAUGUUUAUCAAAACAAAGCACUGCUGGGUGAUGAGAAGGCAAAGAUUGGGCUCAGUUUUAUGUAUGAACCACCGCCUGGAGCCAAUAGAGCCAAGGAAAAGGAAGACGAUGAACCAGAAUACAAGUUUGAGUGGCAGAGAAAGUUUAAUGCACCCAGGGAGAACUAUGCCAAGGGAGAUGAGACCAUCCGUGACCAGCCAUUUGGUAUUGAGGUGCGCAAUGUACGCUGCAUUAAGUGUAAGAAAUGGGGUCAUGUUAACACAGACAAAAUAUGUCCCCUGUUUGGGAAGAACUUGACUGCAGAGCCCCCUGCACCGGGCAGCAGUGUGCCUGAUUUAGCUGGAGACAUGGAGAAAGACCAGGGACUGAAACUGAAGCAGAAUGUCCUCGGGAAGAAAGUAAACCCCUAUGACAGAAACCAGCAACUUGUAGAGAGUGACCAAGAAGAGGAGGAUCCUGAAGUUGCUUUCCUCAAAUCCCUAACACCAAAACAGAAGAAGAAACUACUCAAGAAGCUUGAUAAAUUACAAAGGCAGCAGAGUGGCGAGGAGAAGAAAAAGAAGAAACAAUCUAAGAAGAGGAAACACUCCAAAAGGGACAGCUCAGAGGAUUCAGACUCAGAGAGUGAGCCAGAUAGAAAAAGGAAAACAAGCAAGAAAAAUCAGAGAAGUGAUAUCGAUGACUCUGAGGAUGAAGUCAGAGAACCAAAGAAAGGUUAUGGUAAGAACAAGUAUGUUAGACGAAGGUCACCACAAGAGCGCAGCAGACACCAAGACAGGCCAGACUCCAGGAGAGAUGACCGUAGAAGGUCACCACCAGAUAGCAGAAGGGAGAAGAGAGACAGGAACAGAGAAGAUGAUGGCAGCAGCAGACGCCCGCGGGAAAUAUCUCCUCCCCACAGAGAGGAGCGGGACAGACGGGACAGGAGUCCAAGACGGAGAAGAACACGAAGCCAGAGUCCACAACAACGUGAGCGUGUAAGAAGUAGAAGUCCACACAAAACCGCAAGCCGGAGUCGCGAGGAAAGACAAAACAGAGACGUUGACAGACGCCCCAGAGGGGAGGACAGAAACAGCGAAAAGAGAGAUAGAAGGGAGUCUGAUAGAUCUCGUGAUAGGGAAAGGUCAAAUCAUGCCCAAGGCCAUUCUAAAACAAGGCCACAGUCUCCCUCAAGUUCGUCGUCGUCAGAGUCGUCAGAAUCCUCCAGUGACUCAGAAAGCGAGGCAGAAACAAAAUUUGUGAAACGGGAGCGAGAAGAAAAACGGACGGAACAACAUGGCAGAGUAAAGAGGGAAAAUGGAGAACGUAGUGACGAUAGGAGAGAGAAAAAUUAUGAUAGAAAAACUUCUCAUGAGAGACCACGUGAUAUCAGUAAAAGAAAGUGAUGACUGGCAUAUUUGAUGUUGACAUGCGACAAACACUCAUUUGAAAUCUUUGAUAAAAAUUCAUGAAUGUCGGAAUGGAAAAACUGACGCGUAGAAAACAAAACGUAGCUGAUGCUAACCUGAUGAAGUGCUUAUGAAUUGAAUUUUAAUUGAUGCCUUUAAUGUUAUAAUGGUGAUUUUAAUGUACACUGAAAUAGUGACGCUAGUUUCUUAACUGAAUUCAAAAGUAACCUCAUAUUGAGAGUGAACGAUAUAUAUGAUCCAGUGUUCUAAAUAUACGUUUAAAUAGAGAUAAUCUACUGCGUUAUGAAAUUGUCGAAGGAUACGCAAUGAACAAUAUAACCAAUUUUCAAAUGUUACUGGAUUAUGUGUCCUAAUCAAAAGAAAAUGAUAAAAUAAAACUGAAAGUGAAGAGGUUAA